AUGACAAAAGUUACCCAAACAAAAGAUAAGGAUUUCGAUACGAUCGAGCCUAGAAUCAGCUUCACUGAUAUGACUGAAGAGAGAAGAGUCUUAUGCAUUGAAAUAUGCAGAGAAGCCUAUAGUAAGUAGCAUCUCGAUUCAUUCAAAUUGUUAAUAACAAACUUAGAAAUGCAGCAUGAUGGAGAAUUAAAGUACUUCAAGGAUAUGGCGCUUCAUAUAAAACAUGAAAUGGAAAAGAAAUAAUAAGGCUCAUGGCAUGUCAUUGUAGGAACAAACUUUGGAUCCUAUGUGACUUAUGAGCAUAAAGGGGUGAUAUUGUUCUGGCUAGAAAAUAUUGGCUUUCUACUCUUCAAGCAUGGAUGA